GAGUAGAAGAAGAAGAAGCUCCGCCCCCAUCCCCUGAACCCGGUAGCCUCACACACAUCUUCUUGAACGGUCUCUUGCGGAAAUCCAGCGCCCCAACCUGUCCACGGAGUUGACGUAACUUAUCUUUGCAGCAAGGUAAAGAUACUCGAUUCCUCUGUCUCCAGCACUGAUAACAGGGAUAUUUAGUUCCCUGUGUGUUUUUCUCACGGGUGUUUUCUGCAGCAGGUUUACUGUCAUUUUACGUGCGACGUUAACCUUCAAGUGGAGCUAACCUGAGCUCGUUUAGCUGAGUAAUGAUGAGGCUCCUUAAAACAAACAUUUUCACGGCGAAUAUUACCUGUUUUUCAGGUUUUAGAGUCUAUUUUUAAUUGAUUUCUAUUUUGUUUUUGUCUUGAAAAUGUCAUUUUAUCAGGUGUGAGAUGUUGCCAAACCCCAAAGAGUAUAAACUCUGCUGUUGUUUCAAGGUUUAGAGUUUGACAAGUGUUACAGUAAGAUAAUCAUGUUAUCAGAUCAUUAAAACGAGUUUAUUUUUGUGACUUACAAAUUAACUUCAACCCGUUUUUAAAGGCUCGUUAUAAACCGAUCAGCCAUAUGGUCAUGAACACGUGGGGGGUCUAAUGUACUUCUCUGAUCAAGUCAAUUAAAGUUAAAGAAACUUUUUUUUUUUUUUUACAUAUUUAGUUUUUAUUUCCAUUUGCCACAGAGUACAACAAUUUCAUUUUCUGCAUAAACAUAAAUUACACAAAAUAAUAUACACAAAAUCAGGGUCACACAAGGAGAAAAAAAAGAAAAAAAAAAUGCAAAAAAACUAAACAAAAUAAAUAUAUAGCACCCAAUGUUCACAGUAUUGUGGCAGACUUGUGGGUGUUCUCCAUCUCCAAAAAUUUUCACACAAUUUUUCCAAUAAUUUUUCUAAUUCCUUUUUCAGAUCUUUUAAAAACAGUAACGGAAAUAAAUUUCAUACUGAAAAUAGUAAUAUAAUUCAUUAGGCCCCUAUUAAAGGUGGAUAUACAAAUGAAUUGUGGUUGUCCUGUUUACACAAAUAUCCAAUCUCAUUCAAACUCCAGUUCAUAAAUUCAGCUUUUCCAUUUAGUUCAUAAAAAAGUUGAAGAAACUUUUAAAAGUAGAUUUUAGGGUAAAUCUACUGUGUAGAGUUGCAUUGAUGUUUAUAUUAUUUUAGUUGCCUGGCACAUUUGUAAUUUUACCCUCCUCUAGCAUAACCAAAUUCUGUACAUUUUUCAUAAAGUAACAUUCAUUAUUUUCCUCUGAAACAUUGAAGUGAAUCAAAUUUCUUGUUUUAAAAUAAAUAAAUAAAUAAAAUCAGAAAAAAAACCAGAUUUGCCCAAAAAAUUGGAUGUGAAAUUUCUCAAAAAGUAUCAAAACUAAAAGUAUCUUUUAGUUUUGAGCCUCGACUUUGGAACGACCAGGAGGCCUUCGCCAGAGGAUCUGAGGCUGCGAGUUUGCUCAUAAGGUAUUAAAAACUCUGAAAUGUAGCUCGGAGCAAGUCCUUUGAGCGCUUUAAAAGUAAUCAAUAAAAUCUUAAAAUCAAUUCUAAAACUGACAGGAAGCCACUGAAUGGAGGCUAAAAUUGGAGUGAUGUGAUGCCGUCGACUAAAACCAGUUUAAAGCCGAGCUGCUGCAUUCUGAGCUAGCUGGAGGCGGGAGAGUGAUUUCUUAAACCAGUAAACCAGUUCCUUGAUGACCAGCAGAGUUAUUUGUGUCAUUUUGUCCUGAACUAGUUGAAUUAAUUACCUGUGGAUGAUGGAAAGGCAGUAACCUAUUGAAUGUUUAUUUCAAUAACUACAAAUUUACAGGACCUUGAACUUCAAGCGAUUUCAACCCUGUAAUUAGGCAGUCAUUGCCUUGAUCAGUUCGUCUGUGAGCUGUCUGUUUUAUGCUGUAACCAAGAUUAGGUGUGUCUAAAUUAGCCUGCCUUCUAAUUGGCUGAUUAUUCUUUCCUGUAAAAAUCAGAACAGGAACUGCAGGAAUUCCUCCCAAGUUCACUUGUCUUAUAUGCUGCUAGUCUGCAGGAUGAGUCUGUGUGUCAGUAAGUUAGCCUGCUAGUUUAUCCCACAGGAUAAGUGGAGGGAUUAUCGGGGAUGUCGUGUCAUGUGGUGACUGGUAGGGAAUCCAUUUUUAUGAAGACAGCAUUACAGUUGUGCCAAAAUUUAGAUUCAUAUUUCAUUGCAGUGCAGUAGAUGUUAAAAACUUGACCUUGCUCUGACUUGAGCAGAAAUUGCCUCAUCCUUACUGCCAUGUGAAUAAUCAGAUGAGAAAGUCAAAUCCAAUUAGGCUUGUAGCAUGCCGGUUAGCAAUCCUAAGCUGGCAGCCAGGUCAGGAUAUUUUCGUGAGUGAGCCACAAGGACAAAAGAGAGUAAAGCUACGACAAUAGAAACUGAAAAAUACACCAAAUUGAUUUUUUAUCGCACUUUUUUUCUCCACUAUCCAACCAGUGUUGUUACUGGCUGCUGCACAGAGCUCAGAAGAUAUCAGGAUAAUAAGCUUGUCUUCUUUUUUUCUCGCCUUAAGGUCCUACACCAUGUCCAUCCUCAGGAUCCACGCCAGAGAGAUCUUUGACUCUCGUGGAAACCCCACAGUGGAGGUUGAUCUUUACACCGGGAGAGGUAAGCAACAAUAAAUGGCUGAUUUAAAAGAAAUCUCCUAUUUUUUGUCUGUUUACCUCUAUAAUGAGUCUCUGUCUUCUUUCAUCAUUUCACAGGCUUGUUCAGGGCUGCUGUGCCAAGUGGUGCAUCUACUGGGAUCUAUGAAGCCUUGGAGCUCCGGGACAAUGACAAGUCUCGCUUCCUCGGAAAAGGUUGGGAUACUCAUUUUGUGACAUUUUCAUCAUAAGCAAAUCAGUCAUACAUCAGCAGCCGUGGUUUUACCUUGUUCACUACCAACUACACAACCAUGCUGUACUGUUUCUGCUCUGAAGCUGGAAAAACAAACAAAAAAACCCUUUUCAGACUUUUCUAAUGUUCUUUAUUUUUCUGUCUCAUCUUUACCCCACUCUCUCUGUCUUCCUCUCCCCCAGAUGUGAAAGGGUUAGUGAGUUUCAAUUGCCAGUCCCUUGUGGUUAAAACUAAGAAUCAGCUUAACUAAUUAAACCGUUUUAGCAGCUGAUCACUGAAUAAUUAAGGCAUCAACUAAAAAUAAUGUGCAUGAUGAAUUGUCAGUAAAGCAUGUUGUCACUGCAGUACUGAUUUCAAGCCUGUGGACUGAUUGAAUGUAAAAAAAGAAAAACUGAAUUGAAACAUUCAUUGAUAGUAGCAAUGUUUUUAAAAACUAUAACCACUGGGUAAAUAAAAAAAUGUUGCAUGCCUCACCACACUUUUAAUCAAGAGGACAAAAUUGUAUGUUCCUCUAAAUCUGUGUCUGUGGAAUUGGAUUCACACGAUUUGCCCUCAAUGUAAUGAGAGAAUGAUGACACUAAUCCGUCUUUUGCAGGAGUCACACAGGCUGUGGAAAACAUAAAUACAGUUAUUGCACCUGCACUUGUUGGCCAGGUAAGGAGAGUAUAUUCUCUCUGUCAAUCCUUGCUUUUUUUUUUAUCUUCGUGGUUAUUGUUUCAACAUGAACUUGUUUUACUCAUCUUGUCAGGAUGUAUCUGUGGUUGAGCAAGAGAGAAUUGACCAGAUAAUGCUUGACCUGGAUGGGACAGAAAAUAAAUGUAAGUUGCAAUGAUCAUACUGCAAUACGUUUGGCAGUAACUACAUUAAUGCUUAGGUCAACAUUUCUGUCUUUCUUUUUACCUCUGCCAAAUAUAGGCAACAUUACCUUAAAGUAUCUCUUAAAUUUUUAAAUCUGCUUGAGUACAUCAGCCAAUAAACUGUCCAACUGAUGCACACAUGUGGAACUUACUUGAUUGGCAAAACAGUUUUCCAUUUUUGUCGAGUAAAAUCAAUGUGUGGUAAAAGCUGAGACCUAAUUUAAUUAACUAUAACUUCAGCAGCUGUGAAACAUCCUUGGCCUGCAUAAAUAUUAGUAAAUCGACAAUGUACAAUGACAAAAAUCUGAAAUUUAAACUAUUUAAAAAUUAAAUGAAUCAAUGUUUUACUUUGCCCCAACAAGCCAAAUUAGGAGCCAACGCCAUCCUGGGUGUGUCUCUGGCUGUUUGCAAAGCCGGUGCAGCAGAGAAAGGUGUUCCUCUGUAUCGCCAUAUUGCUGACCUUGCUGGAAACCCAGAUGUUAUUUUGCCCGUGCCGGUAAGAAUCCAUGUUUUGAUUCACAUACUUUUUUUUCCCCAUGUCAUUUAUUUCCUCAUAAUUCAUGCAACUUUGGUUUCAUUGCAAAACGGCUUUCCUCAUUUUCUCCCUUGAACCUCCAUCAGGCCUUCAACGUGAUCAACGGCGGCUCUCAUGCAGGCAACAAGCUCGCAAUGCAGGAGUUCAUGAUCCUGCCGACGGGAGCGAGCAGCUUCAAAGAGGCCAUGCGUAUCGGAGCCGAAGUCUACCACAAUCUCAAGAAUGUCAUCAAGAAGAAAUACGGUCAGGAUGCCACCAAUGUGGGCGAUGAAGGUGGCUUUGCUCCAAACAUCCUGGAGAACCAAGAAGGUAUGCUAAAGAAAAGACCUAAGACCAUAGAUGUGUUCAGCUUUUAUGUCUUUUACAAAGAAAACAAUCGGUGUCAAAUAAAGGUGGUUUUUAUCCCAGAGAAGAAAAUAAUCAUCAAAGUAGAAUAAUCUAAAUGUUCUUGUUGGUUGGGGAAAAAAAUUGGACAACAUUGAAGUCAGUGCAAUAUUUUAGAAAACAUAUUUCUCAACGUCUUUGGGAAGGUUGACUUUUUAGUUCACAUACCCAUCAAGUUGUCUGCUAACGAUUGAUUUAAAGAAAUGUUUACAUUUUCACUGAGACUCCAAAGUUUUUUUGACUUGUAUAUAGCACACGUAGGACUCUGAUUGGUUUUUAUUAGACCACACUGAGGUGUUUUUGACCUUUGAUCCACCUCAUUUGCUUGCAUAGGAGAAUUCAAACAAUAAAAAUUGAAGUCCAUAGGUUCAAACCAAAGAACCCAAAAGUACCAUGUUACUUUGACAAGGCGGCUUUGAAACAUUGGUAGUAUUUUGAACAAGUCUAUGUUGUUAGCAUCACACUUUUCAUUGAUUUCUUGGUCUCUGACACCUUGUGUGUAGAUUUCAAAUGUCUCAUUCAGGAUUCAUCACAGAAAUAUAACAAGGUUGCUGUUGUUUAACUCUGCAGCUCUGGAGUUGAUAAAGGAGGCCAUUUCCAAAGCGGGAUACACAGAUGAGGUUGUGAUCGGUAUGGAUGUGGCAGCGUCCGAAUUCUACAGAGACGGAAAAUACGACCUGGACUUCAAGUCUCCUGACGACCCGAGCCGUUACAUCACUCCUGAUGAGCUGGCUGAUCUUUACAGGAGCUUUGUGAAGGAUUAUCCAGGUAACCUCCUGACUUUUUAUCUUUGUUCACAUUACUGAGCAGGUGAGGCGCAGGGCACACACUAGGGCAAUGGAGUCAGGAUUUACGUAGCUGAUCCGUGAAACCUCUCUGUGGUUUUGAAAUACUUAGACUCUGUAGUACACAAUCAGUUUGCCUGACCUCAUCAGUCAGUGCUGGUUUAUAGCUUCUUGUACCUGUGUCAUCCUUGGACAACUGCUCUCUUAUUUUGAAAUGAUACGAGACUUUCAAUAUAAGAGGAAAAUACAAAAAUCAGCUCAAAGCAAAUACAAUCUAGUGAAAGCACGUUCACUAAAACGUUGAUGUCUGAAGUCUGUCUUUUUCUCUCACAGAGAGGCAGAUUUUGUUCAAACAAUAUGUGCAGACAGAUCAUACAUGCUUUUAAUGGAGCCUGAGCAUGGAUACACACAUCUAAACAUAAACAACAUAUAGUUGAUGGAUGGUUCUCCUUAUUUAAUCUUGACAUUGAAUACACAGCAUAUUUACACGCAUAUGCAAAACAGCCUGAUUGUGCCAUCAUGCUUAUUUUUGUCUUAAUGGGUAUUGAUGCCAAGAUUUUCAUCAUAAGCCUCCUGUUUGAGCGCUGUUGAUGCAACAAAUGCUGAUCGUGAUUUGGGAUAACUCUUCGCCUUGAGUGAGAAAUCUGUGCGUGUUUUCAGUGGUUUCCAUCGAGGAUCCCUUUGACCAGGAUGACUGGAUGGCUUGGACCAACUUCACUGGCAGCACAGACAUCCAGAUUGUGGGAGACGAUCUCACAGUAACCAAUCCUAAUCGCAUCAGCAAGGCAGUGGAGGAAAAGGCCUGCAACUGUCUGCUGCUAAAGGUCAAUCAGAUUGGCACCGUCACUGAAUCCAUGAGAGCGUAAGUUAAUAAAAACACUAAAGGUAUCUUAUUUACUACAACUGCAGUGUCAGUCUUUGUUUUAAUCUGGCAUGUCUGUGAUUCUUUAUUCCUGUGGUGGUCAGUUUAAUUGGUCAUCUCUAAGUACAAAGCCUCAUUUUGAUUCCCUCUUGUUUGUGUGUUCAAACUAACAGGAUUAUCCUGUUCAAAGAAAGACUUCUUGUUUUCUUUCCUGCUCUUUUUUUGCACAGAUUCUCAGUUUUUCAGGAGGCUUUGAUUGUAAAACAUUUCUUGUGGUGUUUAUUGUUGUGGCUACUGCCAUCUGCUGGCAUUAAUAUGUCAAAAAAAAACACAGCUUGGCAUGUAACAUGGCAUAAAAGCCACAAAAAUAUCAAAAAUUUUGUGAAAUUUACUCAAUUAAAUGCUGUCAAUCUGUAAAAAAUAUUUUAAAAGUGUCAGAUUUUUUGUGGAAAUACAUGUCAACAAUGAUUAGUGAUCUCUGGAGCUCUCAGCACGGUCUCAUCUGUACUCCUCACAGCUGUAAGAUGGCUCAGGAGAGCGGCUGGGGUGUGAUGGUCAGCCAUCGCUCUGGUGAAACUGAGGACACAUUCAUCGCAGAUUUGGUGGUUGGCCUUUGCACUGGACAGGUAAAGACAGAAAAUCCAAAUAUAUGACUGUGUCUAUUGAGAAAUUCAUAAAUAUAUGUGUUCACCCUAUUAAUACAAUCACCCUUAGUUUAAGGUUUUUGCAUUAUAGUCUUUACUUGUUAUGUUGGCUCUCCAUUUUCUUGUCCUUUUUUUCUUUAGUUUUUUCUUUUCAAUUAUGACCGUGGUCUGAAUACAUGAUAGUGGAAAAAAAAAAAAAAAAGCCAGGAACCAUAAUGACAUAACUUGGACAAAGAUAACUCACAUUACUCACUUUUAAUACACUCCUAGAUCAAAACUGGGGCCCCCUGUCGCUCUGAGCGUUUGGCCAAAUACAACCAGAUUCUCCGGUAAGUGAAAAUCUUAUUUAAACUUAAGAAAUGAAUCACACGGCUGUAAUGCAUGUGUUAUUUAAUAUUUAAAACAAACGCAAUUGCCAACCAUACAGUUGAAACCAGAAGUUUACAUACACUGUAUAAAAGGCGCAUAACCUUUUUUUCUAAUAUUAAAUCAGAGUAAACUUUUCCUGUUUUUGGUCAAUUAGGAUUGCCAAAAUUAUUUUUAUUUGCUAAAUGCCAGAAUAAGGAGAGAGAGAAUUUUUUUGAUGAAAAUAUGUGGGCAGAACUGAAAAGGCAUGUUCGAGCAAGGUGACCUUUAAACUUGGCUCAGUUACACCAGUUCUGUCUGGAGAAAUGGGCCAAAAUUCCUGCAAACUAUCGUGAGAAGCUUGUGGAAGCAUAUCAAAAACAUUUGACCCAAGUCAUACAAUUAAAAGGCAGCUACCAAAUACUAGAAAGAACUUUAUUAAUCCCCAAAGGGAAAUUCAACAUGAAUAUAUGUAAACUUUUGACUGUUGAUAAAAAAAAUUGUCUAAAAAUUUUUCUCUCUCAUUAUUCUGUCAUUUAGCAUAAAACACAAUUUUGGCAAUCCCAAUUGACCAAAAGCAGGAAAAGUUUAAUCUGAUUUAAUAUUAGAUGGUGAGGGAAAAAGAUUAUGUGCCUUUUUAUAUAGUGUAUGUAAACUUCUGGUUUCAACUGUACAUUGCUGCAGUAUUAUUAAAAAAAGUAACUCAAGCCUUGCUGAGAAGUUGUAUAAAUUCUCUAAUGUUUAUGUUUUGGUCGUAUUAUUGGAGGUUGUAUCAUUUCUGUACCUUUUUAAACAACCUUGUGUUUGUUUAUUGCUGUUUCAAACCAAUAAGAAUUCACUUUGAGCAACUUUUUUCCAUGUAGAAUCGAAGAGGAGCUGGGAGAUGAGGCUCGUUUUGCUGGAAAGAACUUCAGAAACCCACUGGCCUAGUAAAAGAAGAAAGCAUUUUCUACAUCCAAGUAAAUGGAUUUCUAUGCACAAAUUCGCAAUAACACGCAGGAACAAUCAUUGUUAAUGUAGAGCUACUCUUGCACUUGCUGUGGUUAUGACUUAAUGUUGUAGUGUCUAAACCUCCUACUGUAUUUCACUUGUGAUAUUGGAGUAACAAUAGAGCAGAAAAAAAACUUAAUAUAAAAAACUGUAAUAUUUAACCACAACAUUCAUACUGUAAUUCAAAGAGUGCACUUAAAAGUUAUUAAAAAAUUCUUAGAGAACUGAAUGCAUCUUCAUUUUUUGUCCCAUGUUUUAUUUUAAUGUGCGAGUGUGAUGUCUUUGGUUAUAUCAGAGUGAGUUGUUGUAUUUUUAUCGUUACAACAAUCUAAAUGGAAAAAUGAUGAUAAUGUAAAUUCAAACUUUCAGCCUUUGCCACUACAAUCAAACUUUAAAGUAAAAUUGAAGAGGAAAAGUCUACUAAUUCACCUCAUUAAUGUUCUUGUUUUUUUUUUCCACACCUUAGUAGUACAACAGUUUUUGACAAAAUUGGAUGUCGUUUGGUCUUUGGAAGGCACUUAUUGAGGUUAUUCCACAUUUUCUGACAAUUAAAAAGCAAACAUUUUGAGCAAAAAA